UGGUCAGUUAUAAAACUGAGAAGGUCGACGCCAAACCAACCAAGUAACCAACCAACCAACCACUUCCUUCCGAGACCAACCACCACCACCACCACGCAAGAACCGAAGAACUCGGGAGCGCCGACGAUGGAGAUGAUGGCGGCCGACCUCCACCGCAACUUCUUCCUCGCGCCGUCGCCGCACCACCUCGCCGAGCUCCGCAUCGAUCCCCAGCACUCGGCGGUCACCUUUUCCGCGCCAGGUGGCGUCGCCGGGCCCGGGGGACGCAAGCGCCGCUGCCUCCUCCCGCCCGCUUCGCCGCGCAAGAAGUUGCUGGUUGAGCUCCACCCCUUCGACUCCUCGCCCUCCCCCUCACAGCCGCCUUCGCCGCGCCUCUCCCCGAGCACCGCGCCGCCUUUGCUGUCGCGCACGGGGUCCCCCGCCGGUGACUUCUCAUUCCCGUCGAUGCGUCCGUGUAUCGGUGGUAGCGGCGGCGGCAAUGGGGGCAACAUCUUCGCGUUCUUGGAGGACACGCCCAGCACGCCGUCUCCGACGGGCUCCAGUGUCAGCGCCCUAUCGUUCUUGGCUCCACCGGGGCAGCCGACAACGCCCACGGGCGGCACCUUGAGCGGCGGGCUCACGUUCAUGGGUUCGCCACAGAAGCCGACGGCGGGCCCCACUGCCAACGGUGGAUUCAUGUUCUCGGCUUCGCCGGAGCAGCCGCUCACGCCAACGAGCUCUUCUGCCGGCGGCGGCCUCGCGUCCUUGUCUACCGAGCCGUCCCUGUCACCCAGGGAAUACCACGGCGGGCGCGCCGUGGCGUCCUUCCCUUCCCCGACACACGCGCGCACGGGCUCCGCCGAUAGCGGUGGCUUGGCUUUCUUCCCUUCGCCGGGCCCCCCCAUCGGGCAGGCAAGUUCUCCGACAUCCCCGUCGUUUGUCUUCUCGGCAUCGAAGACUUUUGCGCCGCUCGUGCGCAACUCUGGCGGCGGCAGGAAGAAGAGGCCGCGGCGACAACAAGGCAUCGUGAGCACGCUCCGCGGGAGCCUGCGGCAGUGGGACCUGCCGCAGCAGGCCAUUGAGCCGCCGCAGAAGGUUGUCAAGACGUACGCCUUGGUCACCGCCGGCGAGACCUCCCGCUCCUCCAUCCAGUCCGGGUCAUCGGCCAGGCCGUGCUGCACGUUCUUCACCUCGCCGGCGAAGGCCACUCCCGCGAACGGCGAGACCUCCCGCUCCUCCCGCAAGCAGGAGGCCAGGAAGGCCUGCAGUGAGGCAUCCAGCUCGACUUCGCCAUGCGGGUCGCGCUCCACGUUCGUCCCAUCGCCGGCGAAGCAUCCGUCAGCUGGGAAGGCGAGCGAGCAGCAUCGGGAGGUGGAAGUAUCCAGCGUUGCCGGGGAUAGUCCCACUCUCAUACCAGCCGCGCCAGCAGCCUGCACCGGCGCCGAAGUGGUGGUGCGCGUGACCUGCGCUUGUGGCGUCCACAAGGAGUUCUGCUUUGACCACCGCCACUGAAUAAUGCUGAGACUCUGUUUUUGCAUUAUCGACGGAUCGGAUUAGUCCGUACUUGGCAGUCUUUUGCGCUUUCCACUCGACUAGCAAUUUGCCGUGCCCCUGACCUGAUUUUUGGCCAGUUGUAACUGCGUUAUUUUGCUUAUCAAAGUGGUACUAAUAGAGUGGAAUUCAUCAUAGGAAUUGAACAAUUUUUAGUCAGUCGUAUGCAAUUUUUAGUCACCGAACUCAGGAAACGCGAAUGUGGGUAGAUUUCUGUACCCAGUCAGCUACGGCUGGACCAUGUUUUCGAUGGAGACGUAUUAAAGUUGUUCCGA